AUGCGGGGAAGACACAGAGCCAUUGAGAAGCACAAAAGAUAUGGCGUUGUAGAAGAAGGCCUCGAGCGGCUGGGCUACUCGCAGGAACUGCGUCGCAAUCGCUCGCUGCUCACGCUGUUGUUCCAGUCGCUGGCGAUUGCAGCCAUUCCCUAUGGCGAGGGCAGCCCCCUCCUCAGCGCCAUCUACGGCGGCGGGCCGCUCUCCAUCUUCGUCGGCUGGAUCGUGGUCUGUCUGCUCGACGAAUGCGUUGCCCUGUCGCUGGCAGAGCUUGCUUCGCGGUAUCCCACGUCGGCGGGACCGUACUACUGGUCCUUCCAGGUGUCGUCGCCCGCCUCCAAGACCGUUCUCUCCUUCAUCAACGGCUGGAUCUGGCUCAUCGGCAACUGGACCAUCACGCUCUCCGUCAACUUUGGCUUCGCCUCGCUGCUCUCGGCCACCAUCUCCAUGUACCACCCGGACUGGUCUGCCAACGACUGGCAGCUACUGUUGAUCUUCUAUGCCGUGUGCCUCGGCUCGCUGCUGAUCUGCGCGCUAGGAAAUCGCUACCUGCCCCAGGUGGAUAUCGUCUGCGCCGCCUGGACUGCCGUGACCAUCCUUGUCAUCCUCAUCGCCCUCUCUGUCAAGGCAGAUGCCGGUCGACACAGCGCAGCCUGGGCGCUGGGCCACUAUGACAAGAGUCUCUCAGGAUGGGGCAACUUCACCUUCUUCAUUGGCCUACUACCAGCCGCGUACACCUUCUCGGCCAUUGGCAUGAUCUCCGCAAUGGCGGAAGAAUGCACCAACCCGGCCAUCAAAGUGCCGCAGGCCAUCAGCCUCUGCGUACCCGUCGGCGGCACCGCGGGCCUCUUCUUCAUCCUGCCCAUCUGCUUCACUCUGCCCGCGCUCGAGGACAUCCUUUCCGCCCCCGCCGGCCAGGCGCUCCCCUACAUCUUUCACGUCGUCAUGGGCAGCCCCGGCGGCGGAUUAGCCCUCGUCUUCCUCGUGCUGGUAAUCACCCUGUUCUGCUCCAUCAGCAUCACGAAUGCCGCCUCGCGCGCCACCUGGGCCUUUGCCCGCGACGACGCCAUCCCCCUCGCCCACGUCUGGGCCCGCGUCGACGACCGCCUCGGUGUCCCCGUCUGGUCCCUCGUCCUCCUCACCCUCGUGCAGAUGCUUCUCGGCCUCAUCAACCUGGGCAGCACUAGCGCCUUCACCGCGUUCGUCUCCGUCGGCGUCAUCGCCCUCGCCCUCGCCUACGCCAUCCCCAUCUUUCUCAGCCUGCUCCAUGGCCGUCGAGAAGUCUCCCUCGCCCGCUGGAAUUGCGGGCCCGUCUGGGGGCCCAUCGUCAACAUCGUCGCCCUCGUCUGGAUUGCUUUCGAGCUCGUCCUCUUCAGUAUGCCCACCGCCCUUCCCGUCACAGAGGUCUCCAUGAACUACGCUGCCGUCGUCCUCGUCGGUUUCAUGGCAAUCGGAGCUAUCUGGUACGCCAUUCAUGCGCGGAAGUCCUACAAAGGUCCUCCGGAGUCGGACGGUCUCUAA